CAGAGACAGAAGAUGACGUCAGAUCGCUGCCGGUUUGAAUAGACGACCAACUGCCAAAGCGGUCAUUGACUCCACCCAGGAACCUCCCCUCCACUCACACGGCUCACCAGGAGGACCGUCAGACAGAAGACAGACGUGGUGGCCAUGAAGAUCUUUGUCUGCUAUGAGGGGUCCCGGGAGUCUUUCGACGUCCCUGCAAGUCAGACUGUGGGGGCCGUGAAGCAGAUGGUGAAGGACUCCUUUCUGGUGCACACGAGCAGUGACUACCUGGAACUGAGCCACGGGGGCGCCGCCCUCCAGGACUGCUGGGCCUUGUGUGACGUGGGCGUCUCCAGUGGCAGCGUCAUAAAAUGCCUCGUAAAGAGCGCUCCGAGGCCGACCAUGUAUGUGUUUAACGCCGUGACGGGAGAUACAUUUCCAGUCAAGGGAAGUGUGUCCGUCCUACAAAUGUCCGUGUCCCAGCUGAAAAGACAAGUGUCCGCACAAAGCGGACUACCUAUCGGUGUCUUUAGACUCACCACACCUGCUGGAGUUCAGCUUUACGACUGCAACACUCUGCAAGACUAUGCCAUCGGCGUGGGUGCAGUCCUUCGUUUGGAUACAUGGGAUGGAUGGGUGGAGUACCUCCAGGGUUGCCUCCUUGGCCACAGAGUCACCGUGCGGAGUCAAGUAUCGCAGGAGAAGCCUGUCAUGAGAUUUCAGCUACGGGUGGCGCUCUACAUCGCGGCGUCUUCUGGUCACCUGGAGCUGGCGGAUUGGCUGCUGGAAAAGGGGGUGCAUGCAGAUCAACCGGUGGGGGUCCAUCCGUACCGCCAGUGGUGCCAGCAGACAGCCCACCCGGACACAAGAAGAUGCCCCGUCCAUGUAGCUGCAGAGAGCAGUCAGCUUCUCAUUCUCAAGCUCUUCGUCGCGAAGAACGUUUUAACUCUGGCUUGCAGGGACCCUGCAGGACGCGACCCGUUGAGAAUCGCCGUUCAGCAUGGUCACCGGGAGUGCGUGCGCUACUUAGCUGAAAAGCUAACUUCCAUCAUUUCUCUGCAAAAUAUGUCCCUGCCCGUACGGGUCUACCUUCAGAUGAAGCGCUGGUUAUCGUUGGUGCAGCAGAGGAUGGCAUCAGGUCCGAACCAGAGCACCUUCCCUUGCAGGGUGUUGUUGGUAGAUGGCUUCACGCCGCCAAAGAUGUCCUCCGAGCCUAAAAGAAGGAGAACCAAACCAAGCGAGACAUUACCAUAUCUUCAUAGCACGCUGCCUGUGCUAAAUCCCAAAACUCCAAAGCAAAACCAAAAGGGCAGGAAUGUUGGCGCAUCACCGAGUUCCUAUCCUUUCUUUACCGCGUCCUUCCAGCCAAGGGGCCCCACGCCCAGAGAGAACGCAAUACACUGCUUGACCAUGGCCAGUACCUUCACAGAGAAGUCCUGGUCCAAGCAGCUGAGCAUCGCCAGGAUGCUUGCCAGGAAGCACAUCCAUGGCCUGCUCUGA